CGCCACCGUGGAGCUUCUCGACGAGGUAGAGGGUCUUAAACACUAACAACGAGGGAAGUGAACAACACAGCUCGCGCGAUUCUCUCUCCCUCUCUCUCUUUCCGUCGCUGCCAUGGCUUGCGCUGAGCAGCCUAUCAAGAAGCGUCGGCUGUAUGAAUCAAUCCCUGAAUCGCAGCCUCCGCCACCGGAAUCAGAGUCCCCAUCCACUUCUACGCUGGUGAGCUCGUUCCCCGCUCCGGUGACGCCGCCGUCCACAUCUCAGGAGGAAAUUCAAACCAGAAGCAGGAACAGAGAAGAGAUUCGAAGAGUGCAUGAGUGCUAUAAGCGUCUCAAAUCUUGUAUUGGUCAGAGAGAUGGCGGCCGCUCUGCGAUUAUUGAACAAGCGUAUCGCUCCCUCAUCUCUGCUUCCCGAGGUUGUACCAGCGUUAAACGCCUUGUGGCUGAUCUUGUUCCUCGAUAUGCACUCUACUGCCCUACUGCUAUCGGAGACGCAGUGCAAGCUGUCAUCGACAUGCAUAACUUCAGCUUGGAAGCACUAAAUAGAGGACAGGAUGCUGAUGGUGUUGCUUUUCAAACUGCUAAAGCCUGCAUAUUUGGUCUGGUUGACCUAUGUUCUGCUGCUUCUUCAAACAGACCAACGUCACCAGGGGCUCGGGAUAUCUGCUCUACUGUGUUCAGAAAUGUGCUAACCUUCUUUGUGCUGUCCUUUGAGGCGAAAGAUAUCUUCCAGAUAGUUGAUAAGAGCGAUUUGAAGGUGCAAGAUCCUGAUGAAAUUUUUACUCAGCUGAUGCAAAAAAUUUCAGAUGGAGACUCGUUACCUUCGAUCAAACUAUCCAAGUUUCGUGUUUUAGCUUUACUGAAAGUAUUCUUCAACUUCCCAAAAAAUUCAAUUGCCACUUGUUUUGGGUUCUUCGAUUCAUCAUCAACUGAGGAGGUAGCCACGGGGAGGUAUCUCAUUACUCAUAUGGCAGAAACGAUAAAUGAUAUUGAUGCCGCUAGUAAUGAACCUGAAGCAGACGAGAAUUCUGGUCAGACAGGUUCUAACAAAAUAGAGGCCACUGGUAAGCAUGCGGAAGGGUUGAGUGGAAUCAAAGAAGCAUCCCACAUUCUAAAGAGCUGCUUGUUAGGAAUGGUUCUUAGUAAGAGUCCCUCCACUGGUAGGUGGGCCUUCUUUAACUAUAAGAAAGUAUGUAGCCUGUCAUCCUUCAUGGAUAUAUCCAGUGCUAUUCCUUCUCUUGAGGAAAUCUUUGGAUUUGUUGGAAAAGAUGUCAAGUUAGAAGAUUGUCAAAUGGAGAGUGACGAGGAUGAUAAUGGAAAAAUUUCAGCCUCACACGUGAAGCCUCACAGUUCUGCAGAAAACGAUGUCCGUUCUAGUGCUGGAUCAGUUUAUGAUGCUGGAGGUUCACGAUCUAUGGAUUUUGAGACUGCUGACCAGAGAGACUUGUCAUGCGGUAGAUCUUCAGUCCCAAGGGGAUUAAUAAACCAUCAGACACCAUCUCCUUCUGCAAGAAUGCAUUCAGAUUUGAGGAGUAACUCUGCAGAUGGUAGGAACAAUUUUGUUCUUGCAGGAUCACCUCUUUAUCAAGCAGCACCCUGUGGCCCUUCAUCAGGGCAAAUUGUUUGGUAUUUGGAUGGAGACCCUACUGCUUAUGACAUAUUUCCGGCUUCUGGGCAGUUGUGGUUAGGGUAUUUAGGACCAGAUGAAACUGAUGGCCACCUAAGGUUUCAGCUUGAUAGGUACGGUCCAGUAGACCGUUUCUUUUUUGAUCCAUUGAAAGGAUUUGCCCUAGCUGAAUAUAGAAGUAUAAUUGACGCAAUUAGAGCUCGAGAAUAUCUGAGAGCGCAAUUUCCUUGGCGCAUUAGAUUCAUGGAUAUAGGAGUUGGUGCUAGGGGAUCUUUGAAUGGGGUAGCAUAUGGUUAUUGUACUCAUUUGUAUAUUGGAAGCAUCUCUAGCCAGUGGGAGAGGGACGAAAUUGUUCAUGAGUCACGGCAAGCCCUUUAUAAGGGACCUCGCAUGGUGACUGACCUGUACUAUGAACAUGCCCUUCUGAUGGAGUUUGAUACACCUGAUGAUGCUGCCAUUGUUAUGGCCCAUCUCAGGUUUUUUCGUGGAGAAAAGAGUAAAUUUCACUUGGCAUCAGUCAAUCGUCCUUUGCCUCAUGAAGAUGGAGGAAGUCAUCCAGAGAGGAACCUUCAAGUGCCUCCCACAUCAAAACCGGAUAGUGGAUCAGGGGAAUAUGUGUCCCCCUUAAUGAGUACGGAUCCCCACUGUAAUUCCGUACCUCCUGGAGCCACCUUUCAGCAAAACUGGCCUGCUUCGGGUAGCACUCUUGUGAAUCCUGCUCAAGGAGUCUCAGGAAAUCCUUCAUGUGUGCCCAUGUCAGCUCCAGGGCAGCCUGCUACACCGACAUCUCAAAUUCCUCCAUCUCCGUUUGUCCAACAUCCCAUAUACCCUCCUCCAAACAGCUCUUGGGAUACAAGAUCUCUAGGCCACCAAGUCUCUCCAAGUGGUAAUGCAAUAGCAUCAUCAGCACAGACUCAGGGACCUCCACCGCAGCAGGUUUCAGGCCCAUUCAUGCCGCCUCCCGUUCAUCCAGUCUCUCAGCAACAAGGACCUCAAGUUCAGCAUUAUGAUCAGGUGUAUCAGCCUCCUUUGGGACAUUCAUUAUCCUCUGUGACGCAGCCAUCACUACAAGCUCCAUCUCAGCCACCGCCACCGCCACCAGAAAUGAUGCCGCCUCCGCCUCAAUCUCAGCCUCCUCUGGUUCCUCCUCCUCCUAGUACGCCACCAUCUCCCCCGCCCUUACCUCCAGCGGUCACACAGUUGUCUGAACCAGCGGCUUCCAAGCAGAACGUAGAGCACCGUUGGCAGGGUGUUUUGUCCAAAAGUGGAGUCCAUUACUCCACGAUCGUUGCACAGAGAUUGGAUUCAAACAUUUGCAGAUAUACCAACGGAUCUUCAGAGCCUGUGCAAUGGCCACUUAAGUUGGAUAUGACCAAGCGCACAGAUAUGAAGAACCUAAAAUCUACUUUUGCGAACACUCAGCCACACAAAAGGGAGGUUUGUCAGUUAAUUCCCGCAACUUUCAACGAUCGUAAAGGGCUCCAAGAUUUCAUGUCAUACUUGAAGCAAAGAGAUUGUGCGGGAGUGAUAAAGGUACCUGCAACAAGUUCCAUUUGGGCAAGGCAUCUUUUCAUUCUGCCAUACUCGCAAGAGACAUGUUCAUUUCUUUCGGUUUCCCCGUCUUCCUCUGAAUGCUUGCUCGGUUUGGUUUUGCCCAAGGAACCAAAUGCUCAGUGCUCGUGACAUAUACUCAUGUAUCCAGGGACAAAAAAAGAGUAAAUGAAAAUCGUUUUUUGUGUGCUUAAGAUAGUUUCUAAGCCACUUUGUAAAUGAACCCACUAGUGUAAUCUCACUCUUUGCUUUCUCCCUUUUGAGGGAACCAAUUGUAGAUUUGUGUCAACUAUUAGCUGUUGCAGUUUUGUUCUCGCCUCGCAUCUUCCUUAUAUGGAUGAAUUAAUAGUUCGGUGAAGGUGUACGUUUUGCGUCUGGUUCGAUAUUACUACUACUACUGUAUCAAUUAACGCGUUCAGUCGCGAUUUUAUUUCAUUACUGGUCAAACGCAAACGCAAACGCUAUUCAGGGAAUCUUAAUCGAUUGAACGAGACCGGUAUAUGUGUGACUGCGCCUUUGUCCCUUCCCUCCCGCCUCGUCGUCUGAAUUACUCAGCUUCUCAUCCGCCGAAGCUUGCUUCUCCUCUUUUCUUCCACCGCCGAUCUUCUGAUUGAAACAAUCAUGUCUCACCGACGUUCGAACCGGCAAGAUGAGAGCGCCAGAUACAUCCCCAAGGUGCAGCAGAAGUUUGUUCCCAAACCCUUGAAUCCAACUCCUACUUCUAAUCCUGCCCCUUUCCCCGUUUCUCUUUCCUCUUCGCUUAGACAAUCGGAUUCAUCAACGGCGACUUCCAGGGGCUCCGCUCCGGGUGGCAGUAGGGUUAGGAUGGGGGAUCAGGGACAGUGGGUACCCAGCAAAAGUCCGGCACAAGGCGGUGGGAGUUUCGUGAAUUACUUGCCGCAGGACGAGGCUGUAGCCGCCGGUCUCGGCCCCGAGGAAGGAGGUUUCGAUCCUGUGGAGUCUCAGGGAGUUGUGGAUCUCCUCAACAGAGAGCUCACGAGGCUGCUCAAGCUGAAUCCUAGAGAGUUUUGGAGAGAAGUGGCUAGUGAUGCAUCUUUGCACGGUUUUCUGGAUAGCUUCCUGCAAUUUAGGAACAGAUGGUACGAUUUCCCUUUUCAUGGUGUCAAGGGAAUUGUCGCCGGCGUAAUUGUGGGAGAAGAAGAGUUAUGCCGCCGUAUUUUCAUGGUCUUGUAUAGAAUAUCUUCCAAUAGGGAUCCCGGUGCUCGAGCUGCUGACAGCCUCAGUCAGAAAGAUCAUGAAGGUGGCCUUUUGCUCCUAGAAAAUAACUUACUGGAUUUGCCAAAGUUAUUGGAUAUAUGCGCUAUCUAUGGACAUGAGAAUGCAGAACUCACUAAAUCUUUAAUUGAGAAUGCUGUGAAAUCACAAAUUGGGAUCCCUGACAGCUUGAAUAUGAUGUUGUCUCAUUUUUUGGGCAUCCUGCACACAAUGCAUCGCCGUUGCACCUCAUCUUUGGAGACCUUGUUAUCGAGUGCAAAUAAUGAAGACCAUGGACAUAAACAACUCCAUUCUGACCUGUUGGAGGUUAUGGACUUCAUUAAUGAUGGAGUUGUGUCUUUGGAUGCUUUCAUUUCUGCUUAUACGCCAGCAGCUUUAAUCUUGGCAUGCACUGUUGAGACAAGCUAUGGGAGCGAUGAACUUCUCCGCAGCCUUGUUCGGUUGCAUGAUUCAUUGCUUCCAUCACUUCAUCGUGGCUUUCAGGUCUUGUUCAAGGAUGGAGACCAUGAUUCUCUUUCAGACAUAUUAACAAGUUUAAACAUGUUGUCAGCGAGGAUAGGAAGUUUAUGCUGGAAAAUCUUAGAUAUCUGUUAUCUCAGCAAUGAUUUGUUCAGUCACGAAUCUUCAAUUCUUGCUGUCAAAAAGAUGUUCCCGUCAAGUGUAGAGGACCCUAUGGUAAGGGCAGAUAUACUGAUCCAAACAUUCAGAGAGAUCAGUGGAGUUUCCGAGCAGUCGCUGGAAAGCAAGAACCGACUACUCCAAAAGAUUGAGAAGAGUUACAGAAUAAUUGAUAGACUUAGGAGUUUACAGAAAGCAGGAUGGAUAUCAAUGGAAGAUGAGCAGCUUCAGUAUUUGUCGAUGAUCAUGUUGCAUUCUGCAGAGACAGUCUCUAUGAAGGAGUCGCCGCUUCUUCUAACUGAUGGUGGAAACACCAAAGAGCUUAUGGAUGAAAAUGCUGUAGUUUUGCAAUCCAAGAUAAGUCAAAUAAAAGACAUAUUCCCUGAGUAUGGGAAUGGUUUCUUAGCUGCGUGUCUUGAAGCCUAUAACCAGAAUCCAGAAGAAGUCAUACAGAGGAUCCUUGAAGGAACACUCCAUGAGGAUUUGCAGCGGUUGGAUACUUCACUGGAGACGAUGCCACAACCUAAACCCGCUCCACCUCUUGGAAGCAAAGACAAAGGGAAAGGAAAGCUCAUCGAAUCUGACACUAGUAGCUCCGGUAUCUACACGGAGCAACCGAUCACACGUCCCUCGCUUCCAGCUUCAUCAGCCUCAUCCACAACGGUUGGCAGAUUUGUCAGAAAGCCAAAGGAUGAUACUCCAAACUACAAAAUUCUCGAUGCAAGAAAAGAAGCCGACAGAGAGAGGAACGCGGCUUUACUUGCACAAUAUGAGUACGACGAUGAAUACGAUGAUUCUUUUGAUGAUCUGGGUUUCAGUGUUGGGGAAUCAGCCACGGGAGAAAGCGAGUCAUUUGGUAACAGAGCUGACUCUGCAGGAUCUGAACCCUCUGCUGCUUCAAAGUGGGGAAGCAGAAAGAAUCCUCAAUUCUAUGUCAAAGAUGGUAAGAACUACAGUUACAAGGUUGCAGGCGCUGUUGCGGUAGCGAACGCAAACGAAGCUUCACUGGUGAAUGAAGCUCAGGGAGACAUGAUACUUGGCUUGGGACGUGGAGGGAACAUUCCUCUCGGUGCGGUUAGAAAGCUGACAGAGUAUCAGGCACAGAGAGAUGAAAAGGGUCAGUCUAAUUUGAACAUGAACGCAGGCGAUGGAAGGGAUAAUGGGAGAAACGGGAGAGGAAGGGGAAGAGGAAGAGGAAUGGCGAGAGAGCCUAACAGAGAGCAGCCGCAAGAGAAUAAUAACAACUCAGAGGCUGUUACAGAGGCGGAGAAUGGAGGAGGAAGGGGUCGUGGGAGGGGAAGAAGAGGAGGAGGUGGAGGAAGAAAUCAUAAUCAUAAAGAUAGAGCCAUGAAGAAACACAUUGCUAGUGUUUCUGGUUUCUAGAGGUUAAACACACAUAACAGCACAAGAUGUUUUUUUUUCUGAGUCGUUUUUUUAAAAAAUACGGGCAACAAAUUUAAUGGUUACAAAAUUAAUACCUCCAUUUGAUUGUAAUACCUGUUUCUGGUAAUUAAAAUAAGAAAAUAUAGCGUUUCCUCUUUGGUUAAACAAGUUUCUAUCGAUAAUUACAACAGUAAACCCAUUCCAAUUUAUUUUUAUUUUAUUA